AUGCUCCCACACGCCAAAUUCUGGAGAAGCGGACAUGAUGCUGAGGCAUUACCUUCGCCAACCACCAUCGUCCCAUUCGCUGGACGCAUUGGUGCGAAUCAAGAGUUCUCGGUGGACAAGAACAACUGUACGCAGAUAGAGUUGUUGCAGAAGUUUCCUGACGCUGCUCCCUGGAUCCCACUAAAGGAUGCCCUAUCUUUGCGACAUAUUCUACAGGUAGAGCUAUGGAAGGCCGCUGCUAUCGAAGCUAUAGGUCCCACCUUUGCGACCGGUGCACUUGUACCCAGCCUACUUGGUGGACUUACGGCGACCCUUGUUCUUCCUUUAUUCAUCUUCGCUACAGGCCCAGUUUCUGGGGCGCAUCUUAACCCUACCAUCACCAUCGCCGCAUUCUUCGGGCGACUGGCGACGUUGCCACGAUGCAUUCUGUACAUCGGAUUUCAGGUUUUUGGAGGGGCCAUGGCGGGUUUGCUGUUGAGAGCGAGCUUCGACACGAGAUCUUUCAUUGUGCCAGGUUGCUAUAUUGAUUCUACAAAAGUCUCAGCGGGCAGCGCAUUCGCCAUAGAAUUCACUACAGACCUUGCUUUGAUCUUUCUCUCGUUCGGUGUCGGUCUUGAUCCUCGACAGCGCUCUGUAUUUGGGCCAGCCUUAGGCCCUAUCUUUGUUGGCAUUAUUUUAGGAACGUGUACUUUUGUGACGGGUUUCAGCCGUACUGGGUACACUGGUUUCUGUGAGUUUCUAAAUCAACACCCUAAAGCUUGGGAUUCUAACAAGUUAAAAGCGGGAAACCCUGCACGGUGCUUCGGGGUAAUGGUUGGGUCGCAUUUUGCUUCUUAUCAUUGGAUACAUUGGAUAGCACCGUUGAGUGCGUCUAUCAUUCACGGGAUGCUAUAUUUUUUCAUUCCACCUUACUCUCGGAAAAGUACUCCACAUGUGAGCGAGGAAACAUAUUAA